AUGUCGGCCACAGGAGACCGUCGCGAGAUUGUCGUUAUCGGCGGUGGUAUCAUUGGAUGCUGCUCUGCAUACUAUCUUACUCGACAUCCAUCUUAUGACCCUGCCUGCCACAAAAUUACCCUUCUUGAGGCUUCUCAGAUUGCAGGCGGCGCAUCAGGAAAAGCCGGUGGACUUCUUGCGCAAUGGGCAUACCCGAGCAACAUCGUGGAUCUUAGUUACGACCUACACACGAAACUCGCCAAAGAACACGAUGGCAAAAACCGGUGGGGGUACCGGGAAGUGAAUUGUGGACAGUUGGUGGUGAGAGGCCGCGCGCUCACCGAGAAGAAAACGGAGAGUGGGAGCUCGGAGUCCCUGCAAAAACGUAGCACGGCUGCCAUGUCCAAGCUCAAGUCUGCGCGGAUUCCCCAGGACCUGGACUGGAUUGAACCAGAGCUUCUGCGGGCCUACGAGUCCAUGAGCGGGCCAGGCGAAACCGCUCAAGUCCACCCCUACCUCUUUACCACGUCGAUGGCCAAACUGGCAGAGGAGAAGGGCGUGGAUAUCAUUUUGGGACAGGUCAAGGAUAUCGCCCGCUCGGACGAUUCCGUGGAAUCGGUCACAUACACUGACAAUGCGUCGGGAGAAUCGCGCACGAUCCCCGCCACCGAUGUAGUCGUUGCAGCCGGUCCUUGGACUAAGUCUGUCCUUCCAGAGGCUCCAAUUUCCGCGACACGUGCUCACAGCGUUGUGAUCCGCCCCACGAAACCGAUCAGCGCAUACUGUUUGUUUACCAACAUCGAAAUCCCCGCCAACUUCAACCCCUUGAAGAAGUCGCGGCCCACAGUGGCGGCGCCGGAGAUCUACGCGCGCCCCGACGAGACUGUGUAUGCCUGUGGUGACGGUGACCGCGACGUUCCGCUGCCGAGCACAUCUGCAGAGGUCGAGGUGGACCCAGAGCGCUGCCAGGAAAUCAUUGAUCAGGUGGGCAGCGUCUCGGAUGGAUUGCGGGAUGGCGAGGUUCGCACGCGCCAGGCUUGCUACCUGCCCAACUGUGUUGGCACGGGAGGGCCGUUAGUUGGUCUGACUCAGGUUCGAGGGCUCUACCUUGCUGCCGGCCACACCUGCUGGGGAAUCCAAAACGGCCCGGGGACAGGCAAGCUCAUGAGCGAGUUUGUAUUUGAUGGCAAGGCCAAGAGUGCGAAUAUCGGAUCAUUGGAUCCCCGCGAGUUUCUCUGA